UUGUCAAACUAUUGACAGUUAAAACAACAACAAGUAAAUAAUUCAAAUUAUUCGUAUUUUGUAAUUUUGUUAAUUGUAAAGUUUUAAUUUGAAAUUUCCCUAAUAACUAAUAAUUAUUCCCCUUCCAAAUGUCCCUUUAAUUUCCAUUAGAAUUUUGUUAAAAUCAAUUUUUUUGUGUGUAAAAUCUUUAUGGGCUUUGUCGAAGAUGAACUCUACGAAGUUAAAAAACUUUGCGAGCACGUCGUUCCCGGCUCGAAACUCGUCUCGUGUGUCCCGACAAUGGUCAGGGCAGAAAUAAAAAGGACCGCCUUUAAAACCCUCGUAUUUUGUGCUCAAUUUCCUGAGGAAUAUCCUAAAGCUCCUUUAUUGAUCGAGCUGAAGAGCAAAACCUUAUCCGAGAAGUUGUUGCUGAGCUUGACUAAUGUUUGCGAACAAGAGGUGAAAAAUCUGUUGGGCAAAGCCCAAGUGUUGCAUGUAAUCAAAUUUCUUCGUAAGUUUAUCGAUGAGAACUCCCUGGUUUGUUGCUACGAUGAAAUAAAUAGAGUGAGAAAGGCUCUUGGUCCUCAAGAUGAGCUGAAGUUGAAGCAAAAGAGUUCGGCGAUAGCUUUGAAGGUUUAUAAUGGAGAGUAUUACUUAACUGGGAAAAUCUUCGUGCCAGAUGAUUAUCCUUUGAGCGUUAUUGAGUUGCAAAAUGUGGACACGAACUUCACUCCGACGUUUUACAAGCACAUGGUGGCCCAAGCUAAAGAAAUAGCUAGAAAAUGUGUGGAACCGCCUUUGAAAAAGAAACCCAAAGACCCGCCCUUCGUGCCAGGACCAUCUCUGGAAAAAACCCUAAUGUUUCUGAUAGAUUGCGUCAAAAGGCUUCCAGCUGAAGAUUGCCAGUUUUGUAAAAAGCCUUGUUUUCCACAAGAACAACAGCUUUUGGAAAGAGACGAAACCUCUCCGAAUCACAUCGAAAGAGUGUAUUGCGGUCAUUUGUUCCAUCAAGGAUGUCUUUUGAGCCUCAUGAAACAGCCGCCGUUUGGUAAUAAAAAGUGCGGCAAAUGCGGCAAAAAAUUGGCCCACUUUAAGUGGUCGAUAAGUGACAGAACGGCAGAGGCCAGGUGGGCUCACGAACAAGCCAGAGAGAGGGAGUUGCAAGAAGUCGAGGAGUUUUUCAAUUAAAAUAUUGCUUUAUUGUUUUUUUCUCCUUAAUAGAUGAGUUAACACCAACCUAAGAGUUCUUUUCACGUGGCUCGGGUUUAACUAACCGGGUUACAAAACGGUUAGAGAAAUGACAUACCGUUUUCUAACCCGGUUACAAAGUGACGUGAUGGAUACGUACCACUCGAAUUUGAGCGGUAUGUUGCGGUUUGUUAAACCAGAGCCACGUGAAAAGGGUUAAGGGGUUUUUAUUGUCGCUAGAAAUUCUUCAAAAAUAUUGCCCCCUUGAAUAAAUUUUACCAGAUAAAAAUGUUAAAAUGCUUCAUAAAACAAUGAAGUAGCAGUAAAUUGAUCUGAAAAGAGAGAGAAAGAGCUUCAAGAAGAAAACCAAUAAAAUUGUUUUUUUUUUUAAUACAAAACUUAUUAUAAAUUAAUCCUAUUUUGCAUUAUUGUGGUAUAAUGGCAUCAGGAUUACUAGAAAUUCAAAAAAUUAUUAUAAGUAUAUUUUAAAUUAAUUAUUGUAAUUACUUACUCUAGAACAUCCGGAUCAAAUCCUUCACUUUUCAUUUUCAAUUUAACUGCCUCCUGGUUCACCCCAACUCGAACCAUUCUAAAAAAUGUUGCAAAUCUUGGAUCAUCAAUUGCUUUUAUACCAUUUAUAGUAUUUGAUUCAUUUAAUUCCUCCAAUUGAUCUGUUUCUGUAACUUCCGGCAAUUCCAUAGGUUGCUCAAUUAUUGAUUCAUGUUUUGGUUCAUUUUCUACAACUACUACAGGUUCGAAUCCUGGUAUCGAA